AUGAAGAAGAAGUUUGAAAGGAGUGUUAGGGUUAAGAGGUCAUAUCUACAAGCUCUUCGCAGAGAGUUUGAAACCCUAGAGAUGAAGGCUGGAGAAGGAGUCUCUGAGUAUUUUUCAAGAGUGUUGUCAAUGGCUAACAAGAUGAGAACACAUAGAGAGCAGAUGCAAGACGUCAUAGUGGUGGAGAAGAUUCCUAGAUCAUUGAGUGAGAAGUUUAAUUAUGUUGUUUGUUCGAUCGAAGAGUCUAAAGACAUCGAUCAACUCUCCAUUGAUGAACUGCAGAGUUCUCAAAUUGAUCAUGAGCAAAAAUUCCAACGACAUACAGGAGAAGAACAAGCACUCAAGAUAACCUCUGAAGACAGAUUUGGUGCAAGAGAACGGGGUUGA